GGAGGAGAGAGAUUUGAGGUUGCUGUGGAGUAGGAAGUUAUAGGGGCACAAAGGGGUUAUGGCCCAGGGAGGAAGGUAUUCAAGGGAGAAAUUCCCUGCAGUGAGAAAGGCCACAGAGCUCUCUUGGCCUAACUUCUGGAUAGUUCGAAGGCCGCUACAUCUACAAUCAGGAGGAGAGGCUCCAAGAGUUAGGGCUCUAUGUUUUUCUCAUACAGAAGGCCUUGUGUGCAUCAUGGUUAGCCAGAGCUCCAGCCACCACACCCACAGUUUAGACAGGAAGUGGGGUAAUGGCAAAAGAAGGGCAGCCUGCUUGCCACCCGAGUCAGCCCUUCUUAGGGAGCUGUCUUAGAAGCCCUGAAGGAGACCCUAAGCCAUAGCUGCAGAUACAAGAGAUUUGCUCAGAAAAAGCCCCCGGAGGAAACCGUCAGGGAAGAAAAGGAAGCAGCUGGGGUCCAGGUUCAGGUCACCUCAACCCGGCCCUGUGGAUCUCGAAGUGCACAGGGCAGCUCAGAGUGUGUCCCAGGGCACAGGACAGGAGCUGGCCCUGCACCGCAGCGCACAUGCGGGUGGCUAGGAAGAGGACCUUCCAGGAGCCUGUCUCCAUGCAGGGCAGGUGGCACAGGGGCCCAGUUCUGUGUCCACAGCAGGAUGAUCCACGGGUGCUUGUGCAUGGGACUGGUUAGGGUCAAGGACAUGGGGCAGGACACCAGGAUCCGAUGCCACCUCGGGUCAAGUGUCUGUUGGUUCCUAGUGUCUCUUGGACUGACGAUGCAUCCAGGGUCUCCCUUGCCCGCCACCCUCGCCCAGCCUGUGGGCCCUUCCUGACCCCCACCUGGGAGGGGGUGACAGGCAGAAGAUGAUGGCACAAAUGGGCGGGGGUGGCCCAGUUCUCGACAUUUUCCCACAGACAGGAACAGCUGGCGUGGCUCCUGGUGCUAAAUUGAAAUUAAUGCUGGCCCCGUGCCUGGGCUGGCUCCCAGCGCUGUCCUCAGAGCAGAGUGUCUGCAGCGUGGAGCCCAAGAAGGUCACUUGCUGUCACAAGGGAAGGCGUUGACACUUAAAAUACGUGCAUCACACGCAGGCACGGAGCUGCUCUUCAUGCACCAGAGACGGCAGAGACCAGCCUUCAGAGGGCCGCUCAUCUGGGGGCUGCGGCUCACCCAGCAUGGUGAGUAGUGGGACCAGGGCUGGGUUAACUGCGCGUGAAGUUGGUACCUGGCAGGGUCGCUGAGAGCGCGCGGAUAAGACGACCGCGAAUGGAGAGUGGCGUGGCCGGGGACCGGAAUCCUCAGUAAGAGUGGCCUAGGACUGAGAAGAGCGCUGGUGGUUGCACGAGGUCACUCCGGGCCAGGAGGGCCCGUCUGGGCAUGACUAGCCCGGCAAGGGGUCGCCGCAGGUCGCGGAGGAGCGUGUCCCGGGUCCCUCUCUUUCGCUACAGCUGCAGGUCGGGCCGGGGGGCGCGCCCCGCAGCGCCUUCCAGGGAGAAUGCCGACUGUGCGCGUCACAAGGGCGCGCGCUCCGGGCCGAGUGCGGGCGGGGUGGCGCAGCGCCGCUGUGCAGCAAGCGCUCGCGUCGUGGGACCCGCGGCCGGUGAGCGCCCCGCCCUGCCCCGCCGCAGCGCCGCCUGCCGGGCGAAAGCAGCACUGCGGCCGCCCGCCACCCGCGCGGACCUAGGGGCCCUGAGCCUGGAAAGCCGCCUGUUCCCCACCAGACAUCGGACAUUGCUGAGACAAAGAGGUGCGCUCACUGGCUUUGACCUCCGUGGGUCCAGUGUCUGAGCAGAGGAAAAGUUCAAUUCCUUCAAGAUGCCGGUGUUGAAGAAGCACAGGAGAAAAACCUCGGUAACUCCUCCGGAACUUUCCGAGAAGACCAAGGAGCAGCUGGCGGAGGCUGAGCUUCGGCAGCUGAGGCUGCAGUUCCGAAAAAUGGUGGAAAGUCGCAAGUCCUUCAACUUCCGCAGCCAGCUGAAGCUCUCCAGCCAGCACAAGGAAAUCCAGGCCCUGCAAGCAGAGCAGAAUGAGAUCACCCUGGUUUUGAGUCUCCUGAAGUCCUCGAAGAACUUGGAUCUGAAUCAGAAAAACUACCUUGAGCUGCGUUUCCUGUUGCAGGCCAGGGAAGACUACGAGGCCAUGAUUAAGUCCAUGAAGGAGUUGCUGGUGGAGCUGGACGAGAAGAUUGUUCACAUGGAAAAAAAAAUCUCAAGCCAAAAACAGAUCUUCACAAAAAUGCAGAAGGCCAACAACCCACAGAAACUGCAGAAACAGAUACACAUUUUGGAGAGCCGGCUGAAUCGGGUCACUGAGCACUUUGAUAAGAUGCUGACUAGCAACGCCAAGCUCCGUCAGGAGAUUGAGAACCUGCGGUUUGAGAAGGCCACUUAUGACAACAUCUACCAGCAGCUGUGCCAGAGCCUGUUGUCGCAGAAGAAAACCAUGAACUUAGCAAUUGAGCAGUCUUCUCAGGCCUAUGAGCAGAGCAUGCAGGCCAUGGCCCGCAUGGCUGCCAUGAAGGACCGCCAGCAGAAGGACAUCUCUGAGUACAACCUGGAGAUCCGUGAGCUGGAGCGGCUCUACGACCUCGAGGCCAAGCUCAAGUCCUUCCUGCACGUCAAGCUGAAGGACCGCAUGGAAUUGGAGGAGGACGCGAAAAAGAAAGAAGCUCUCAAGACAAAAAGGCAAAGGAAGAAUAGCAAGGGAGAGAGUUUUGAGAGCUACCAGGUGGCCCACCUCCGGCUGAUGAAGCUGGUGGAGGAUGGGAACCUGAGCCAGCUCAUUGAGGAUUUCCUGGCCAAGGAGGAGAAGAACUUUGCCCGGUUUACUUACAUCAUGGAGCUCAACAACGACAUGGAGAUGAUGAACAAGAAGACCCAAGGGAUCCAGGAUGAGAUCACCCACCUGCGAUCCCAGCAGCAGUCUUCCCACGAUGACAGCCGCUCUGUCCUGAAGGAGCUCGAGGAGAAGCUGAGGAAGACCACGGAGGAGGCCAACAUGUACGAGGACAAAAACCGCGAGCUCAGAAAGACCCUGGAGCAUCUCAAGACCUUGGUGGAGAAUCUGUUCAAGAAGAUCAACUGCGACGCCUCCAAGAUACUGGUGCAGUUGGGGGAGACGGGGAAAGUCACCGACUCCAACCUGUCCCAGUAUUUCUCCCUCAUCGAGAAGAAGACCAACGACCUGUUGCUGCUGGAGGCCUACAUGCGAAUGCAGGAAAUGGACAUGGACACCGAGCCGCCCCCGCCCUUCCUCAACCCUUUCUGGGGCGGCUCUGCCCUCGUGAAGCUCCCAGAACCCCUCAAGGUCACCCCGCCCUUGCUGAGGACUGACCCCUUCAGCGACAAGAUAGAGGACAUGGAGCAGCCCCUGGAUCACGGCAGCCUGCGGCAGCUGGUGCUGGACAAUUAUGCCCAGAAGGAAGUUGGCGGGCCCACAGCCUCACCAAGCGAAGCCCGAGGCCGGCGCGACCAACCGAAAGAAUAAAGGUUUUGUUCCUAACCUCAGUGCCUCGAUGCCUCGGUGCCUUCUCCUUCUCGGCUGCUGAGGGAGCGGGCACUGGGCCCAGGCAGGUGGGGGUGAGAAGGCCCGGUCCCAGGGCCGCCGCAGGAGAGGGACCAGGGGUCAGUGCUACCGUGGACCUUCGAGCAGGUGGCCAGAGGCGCAGCAGGGGGCCGGCCUGUGUGUCGCCCAUGAGUCUCCAAUCCGGGGCUCCAUGCCCAUGUCAGGGGCUGUGCGCCCGCGUGCACACCUCUCUGUCCCUCUCCCCGGUCAGCUGUCACUUCACAGCCCCAUCCCGGUUGUCCUGCCUGAGCCACCC